AGAUUACGACACUUUUACAUUAUGUCUAAGUGAUUAUUAAUAUUAAUAUCUCUAUAAAACCGGUUAAAAAGAAAUACAUAUUUAUGAAAACAUGUAAGAUCACAAAAUAAGCAUAGAUGGCUGUUGCUAUACAUACAGCUAAACACUAAGUGUAAAUAAAAAAUGAUGUGUGAUCUGUAGUGUCUGUAUUGUCUUGAUUUUUUUUCUCCAGUAAAUAUUCUGUGUGUGUGUUUUUUUUUUUGUACUUGCUGCUGCUGCUGCUGCUACUGCUACUGCUGUUGUUGUUUGCAGUUUGGUUUGGAGUCAGUUUGUAGUAACACAAAAGAAGCCCAUGAGAAAAGAUUACAUUUUUUUUCCUUUAUGUAAAAAAAAAAAAAAACAUUCUAAUUUACUAAUUAUUUUACUUGAGUAAUAUAAUUUGUGUUGAUUUAAAAGUUGAGAAUAAAUUAUGUGACAUUAUACAUCUAUAUUUAAUAUCUCAUGAGAUGAUAUUAUAUAUUUACUAAAAUUUAAAAUAUAAUGGAUCAAGAGUCAUCACAAUUACGAUCGAGUGCUUUACUUGAGGAAACAUUUUAUAUAACAUCAAAAAAAAAUACAUAUUAUCGAGUAAAAUUGACAGAAAAAGGCUUAAGUCUUGAAAAAGAAAGUAAUGGUGCAACUAAAAUAGAGACUAUUUCUCUUGGUGAUAUUAUUGGGUGUAAGUGUAUGCGAUCUAAACGUCGAAAUGGUGCAAGUUGUGCUUGUCGUCCAACUAUUUCAAAGCCUCAAAUGAGAGAUGUUCAAGUUAAUGAAACAUAUAAUGUUUGGGACGAACUUGAUACUUCUGCAUAUUUAUAUAUCUAUGCUUAUACGCUUAAAAAACCACGUGUUAAAGGAGCUCUAAGACGUGAACGCACAACGAUUACACUAAGAUUUCGUAGUUUUGAUAAAUAUCAAGACAAUCUUAGAGAAGCCAGUAGAUGGAGACUUGCUAUUAAAUGUCUCAUUAAAAAAAUUCCAAUACCAAAAAAUUUGAUGAGUCCAACUCACGGAAAUUUAGAUUCUUUAUUAAAAGCUUGUUCGAGUGAAGAAAAAAAACUUUUAGUCUUUUUAAAUCCAAAGUCUGGACCAGGGAGAAGUCGGGAAACAUUUCAAAGAAGAAUUCAUCCUAUAUUAUCUGAAGCAGAAAAACUUUAUGAGGUUUACAUUACAAAAUAUCCAAAUUAUGCGAGAGAAUUUGUAAGAAUAAGAAAUAUUUAUCAAUGGAACGGGAUAUUAUGUGUUGGAGGCGAUGGGAUUCUGUUUGAAGUUAUAAAUGGUCUUUUAGGAAGAUCAGAUUGGAAACGUGCAUUAGAGGAGCUUCCUCUUGGCAUAAUUCCGUGCGGAUCUGGCAAUGGUUUAGCUAAGUCAAUAGCAUAUGAAAAACAAGAACCUUAUGAUUCAAAUCCAAUGCUUAUUAGUGCAUUAUCAGUUGUAAAAAAUAAAUAUACACCAAUUGAUUUAGUACGAAUUGAAACAACAAGUCAGAUUCUUUAUUCAUUUUUAUCAGUAGGCUGGGGUUUAAUUGCGGACAUUGACAUCGAGAGUGAAAGACUCAGAGCCAUUGGUGGGCAACGUUUUACUAUUUGGAGUAUAGCCAGACUUAUAGGUCUUCGUAUUUAUAAAGGAACAGUUUCAUAUUUACCUUGUGAUAAUAAUAAUAAGGUAUCAACACAAACUGUAAUUAAUGAAAAUAAUAAAACAAAUGGUGGAUUUUUAUAUGACACUAAAAAUCACAAUGAUAAUGAUAAUAUUGAUAUUGUAAAAAAUAAUAAUGACAUAAUAACACACUCAAAAAGUUAUGGCGAUAAUCUUGAUCGUUAUUGUGACGGCGUUAAAGAAUCAAAAAGUUACCAUAAUGUUCUUGACUCAGUAACAAGUGAUAUUGGUGAUAUAUAUCUCGAUGAUAAUAAUGAUGUCGUGGGUGAAAAUUUAUCACUUGAAACAGAAAUUCAAAGUCGUACUCGAUUAGAUAGUUUUUAUUCAGCAACUUCAAGAAAAUCAACAUAUUACAGUACUGGCUCUGCUUCUAGUUAUCAUAGUAUGGAAGAUAGUGGUAGUUUAACACCAGAUGGUGAAGAUCCUGAUACUGUAUAUAAUAGAAUUAUGUAUGGACCAUCUUCGAGUCUUCCAGCUUUGACCGCACAACUUCCAAAUGAUUGGAUACAAAUAAAAGGUGAAUUUGUAGCAGUUCAUGCAAGUUAUCAAUCGCAUAUUGGUGAAGAUGGAUUUAUUGCUCCUAGAGCUAAACUUGCUGAUGGUUUAAUAUGGCUUUUAAUUAUUAAAGCUGGUAUUACACGAACUAAUCUUCUCCAGUUCCUUCUUGGUUUAAAUACUGGUACUCAUUUGGCUAGCAACGGAGUAGAUAUGAUUCCUGUAAAAGCAUUUCGUAUUGAACCAGAAACAAGUGUGACUGGUAAUAUGACUGUUGAUGGAGAAAAAGUUGAUUAUGGUCCGCUACAAGCCGAGAUCUUUUCAUCUUUAGCAACAGUCAUGAGUCCUUGACUAGAACCUUGAGUAGAAUUUUAGUUUCUCUAAGCUCACACAUAUUAAUAUUUAUGGCAUUUCGUAAAAAAUAUUGUAAUAAAUAUUUACAUUUAUUUUUACAAUGGUUAAAUUCAAACAUCAAUUUAUUAUUAUUAUUAUUAUUAUUAUUAUUAUUAUUAUUAUUAUUAUUGAUAAUAUUUAUAAUAUAAAUAAAAUACAUAUAUUCCAAUAUCAUAUUGAUAAAUAAUAUGGUAUCAAUUUUAAUUUUAAUAAGCCAAUAUCUUUAUCAAAAAAUUUAUAUUUGUAAAUAUUGUACUUUAAUCAUCGAGCUGAUAAUCAUAUAUGAUUUAUAUUAUUCAUUUUGUAGAUAAA